CCGCGGAGCCGCGCGCGCCCCCGGCCGGGCUGACCUCCCAGACGGUGAGGAGAGCCGCAGGAGCCGGCGGGGACGCAAUGCGAGCCAGCAUCUGCCUUCUGUGGACGGGAGGCCAGGUCCUGGGACUUGCACUGUGACGUCAGGAAGCGGGCGGCCUGUUGGAGGAAGAAGCUCAUUGCCAAGUCGACCCCAUCCCGCGGCAUGGCUGCCUGAGAAGAGCUUUGGCAGGCACUGGGGGUACCUGGAGGAAGAGCGAUGAAACCUUAGCCGUCCCCCCAGGAAGACAGUUCGAGAUGGCAGCUCAGCGGAUCCGAGCUGCCAACUCCAGCGGUCUCCCUCGGUGCAAGUCCGAGGGGACCCUGAUUGACCUGAGCGAAGGGUUUUCAGAAGCGAGCUUUAAUGAUGUCAAAGUGCCUUCUCCCAGUGCCUUGCUAGUAGACAAUCCCACACCGUUUGGAAACGCAAAGGAAGUCAUCGCAAUCAAGGACUACUGCCCCACCAACUUUACCACGCUGAAGUUCUCCAAGGGGGACCACCUCUACGUCCUGGACACGUCUGGCGGGGAGUGGUGGUAUGCUCACAACACCACGGAGAUGGGCUACAUCCCCUCCUCCUAUGUGCAGCCCCUAAACUACCGGAACUCCACUCUAAGCGAUAGCGGGGUGAUCGACAAUCUUCCAGACAGCCCAGACGAGGUGGCCAAGGAGCUAGACCUGCUCGGGGGGUGGACGGAUGACAAGGGGUCCAGCAAAACCUAUAGUAAUAACCCUUUCUGGAACGGGGUCCAGACAAACCCGUUUCUGAACGGGAAUGUGCCAGCGACGCCCAGUGUGGACGGGCUGACCCCCAGAAGCGCUGUGGAUCUGCUACUUUUUGAUCCAGGCACGUCCUCGUUCACGGAGUCCAGCUCCGCCACCACCAACAGCACCGGGAACAUCUUCGACGAGCUGCCGGCCACGAACUGCGUCCAGGCAGAGGCACCUGGCAAGCGGGACAACCCGUUCUUCAGGAGCAAGCGCUCCUACAGCCUCUCAGAGCUGUCGGUCCUGCAGGCCAAGUCAGAUGCCCCCAACUCAGCGGGGUUCUUCACGGGCCUGAAGUCCCCGGCCCCAGAGCAGUUCCAGAGCCGGGAGGACUUCCGAGCCGCCUGGCUGAGCCACCGGAAGCUGGCCCGCUCCUGCCACGAUCUGGACUUGCUGGGCCAGAGCCCCGGCUGGGGCCAGACCCAGGCUCUGGAGACGAGCAUCGCCUGCAAGCUGGACAGCUCCGGGGGCGCCGUGCAGCUGCCCGACACCAACAUCAGCAUCCACGUGCCCGAAGGCCACGUGGCCCCUGGCGAGACGCAGCAGAUCGCCAUGAAAGCGCUGCUGGACCCCCCGCUGGAGCUCAACAGUGACCGGUGCAGCAGCGUCAGCCCGGUGCUGGAGGUGAAGCUGAGCACCCUGGAGGUGAGAACCCACAUCAUCCUGGAGAUGAAAGUGUCAGCCGAGGUGAAAAACGACAUUUUCAGCAAAAGCACGGUGGGACUCCAGUGCCUGCGGAGCGACUUGAAGGAAGGGCCCUAUGUCCCCAUCCCCCUCACCUACAGCUACGGGGACACGGUCCAGGUCCAGCUGGACAACCUGGAGCCCUGCAUGUACCUGGCCAUCGUUGCCCAUGGCCCAAACAUUCUCUACCCUUCCACGGUGUGGGACUUUAUCAAUAAAAAGAUCACCGUGGGGCUCUAUGGCCCCAAACACAUUCACCCAUCCUUCAAGACCGUGGUGACCCUUUUUGGGCAUGACUGUGCCCCAAAGACGCUGAUGGUCAGUGAGGUCACCCGCCAGGUCCCCUGCCCUGCCCCCGUGGCCCUGCAGCUCUGGGGUAAACACCAGUUCGUCCUGUCCAGGCCCCAGGACCUGCACGUCUGCAUGUUUUCCAACAUGACCAAUUACGAGGUCAAGGGCAGUGAGCAGGCCAGAGUGGUCAGGGGAUUCCAGAUGAAGCUGGGCAAGGUGAGCCGCCUCAUCUUCCCCGUCACCUGCCAGAACGCCAGUGAGCUGUCCGACUUCACCCUGCGGGUCCAGGUGAAAGGUGACCAGGAGGCCAUCCUGACCCAGUUUUGUGUCCAGACCCCCCAGCCACCCCCUAAAAGUGCCAUCAAACCGUCCGGGCAGAGGCGGUUCCUCAAGAAGAACGAGGUCGGGAAAAUCAUCUUGUCCCCAUUUGCCGCCACCACCAAAUACCCAACGUUUCAGGACCGCCCGGUGUCCAGCCUCAAGUUCGGCAAACUGCUCAAGACCGUGGUGCGGCAGAGCAAGAACCACUACCUGCUGGAGUACAAGAAGGGCGACACCAUCGCCCUGCUCAGCGAGGAGAAGAUCCGGCUGAAGGGGCAGCUGUGGACCAAGGAGUGGUACAUCGGCUAUCACCAGGGCAAGGUCGGCCUGGUGCAUGCCAAGAACGUGCUGGUGGUGGGCAGGGCCAGGCCGAGCCUCCUCUCGGGGCCCGAGCUGAGCACGUCGGUGUUGCUGGAGCAGAUCCUGCGGCCCUGUAAGUUCCUCACCUACAUCUACGCCUCCGUCAGGACCCUACUCAUGGAGAACGUCAGCAGCUGGCGCUCCUUCGCCGACGCCUUGGGCUACGGGAAUCUGCCGCUCACCUUCUUCUGCCGCGCGGAGCUGGACAGCGAGCCCGAGCGCGUGGCAUCGGUUCUGGAGAAGCUGAAGGAGGACUGUAACAACACGGAGAACAAAGACCACAAAUCCUUCCAGAAGGAGCUCAUGAUGGCCUUACUGAAAAUGGACUGCCAGGGCCUGGUGGUCAGACUCAUCCAGGACUUCGUGCUCCUGACCACGGCAGUCGAGGUGGCACAGCGCUGGAGGGAGCUGGCCGAGAAGCUCGCCAAGGUGUCCAAGCAGCAGAUGGAUGCAUACGAGUCUCCGCACCGGGACAGGAACGGGGUCGUGGAUAGCGAGGCCAUGUGGAAACCCGCCUAUGACUUUUUAUUAACCUGGAGCCACCAGAUCGGGGACAGCUACCGGGACGUCAUCCAGGAGCUCCACAUAGGUCUGGACAAGAUGAAAAACCCCAUCACGAAGCGCUGGAAACACCUCACCGGGACUCUGAUCCUGGUGAACUCCCUGGACAUUCUGAGAGCAGCUGCCUUCAGUCCCGUGGACCAUGAUGACUUUGUGAUUUGAGUGGGUUCCCUCACACCCACCGCUGCUCUGGGCCCUGCACCGUCAGUCUGUCCGGGAUGCCCACGCCGUCACAUGGAGCUGGGGAGGGAGGAAGGGCCAGUGGCUCAGACGAAUCUGGGGUCCCUCUAGGGCUGGGCCCACACCCAAGGACCAAGCACACGGCAGUGCUCUACCACCCUCCUCCAUCGCUGGUGGGGGCCGGGGCGGGGGCCUGAAGGGAAUUUCUACUGCAGGUCAUUGCCAAUCACAUAGCUUUCUACUUGUUAGGUGUAAAUUUAAAUUGAAAACUCCUUUUUUUAAAGUUUUGGGGGAAGCAGUUGAGAAAGGUGGUAUCUCAUUUUUUUAAAGGACCAUAAAGGUUU